AUGGCCACAGGAAUCGCAGACUUCGACGGGGAGCUGCUACGAGUGCGAACCGACCCGUCCAAUGGAGUCAAAGACGAACCGAGCGAGCGCGACGCUGGGAAUUCCUGGCUGGGUAGGUCGUAUUCGGUGCAGGUGGGACGCGGCGGUCAGGCAGACUCAGGGGAAGCAGGGGAAUCAGGGGAAGCAGGGGGAGCAGGGGGAGCAGGGGAAGCAGGGGGAGCAGGGGGGGCAGGGGGAGGCGCAAGGCGGCGACGUUCGGAGAGCUCUUCCCGGGGGGUGAACAUCGCGGCACUGGAUAAGGCGCUGGACCGAGUCAUGUCCAUGCCGUGGCGAGGCGAGAAGAAGGCGGUCGACGGCGACGGAGGCCUGGGACUGGGCGCGGCGUGGCAGGAGAAAGCGGAGAACAACGGGAAGCAUGUGCUGGGUAGGGCGCGUUCCCAUGGAAACGGGGAGGGGGAUUCCGUUCUGCGGACGGCUGCUGCCGCUGCGGCGGCGGUAGCAGCCAUCCGCAGUGACAGUGACGCGGUGGCUUUCCCUAAUAAUGUCACGGGUGUGCCGCUAACCAAGUGCGGUAAGGAAGCGGGCGCGAAGGGCGAGACGAAUAAGGAGCGGUGUGCGGAGGUGGAAGUGGGUACGGAUGGGCGGCGGGGCGAAGGCGAUGCUGCUGUAGCAGGCGAUCCCUCGUGGCAGGUUGAUUUACGGCGAGUGACUAUAAAGAAGGAGAUUUGCAGGGGCGCUUACAGCACGGUUUAUAAGGGCACGUUCAGGGACACAGAUGUUGCAGUGAAGGCCAUCGAUUGGGGGGAAGCGGGGUCGUUCUCGCCUGUGCUGCGCGCCAAGCAGAGAGCCACGCUGCUGCGCCAGGUGCACGUGUGGCGGGGCCUCAAGCACCCCUACGUGACGCAGCUGGUGGCAGCGAGCGUGUCAGCGGACCGUGCGCCCUGCACCACACCCCGUGGCGUGGACGCGCGCCUGAGGAGUGUGGCGGGGUGCCUCAUCAUGGAAUAUGUGGGCGACCUGACUCUCAAGGAGUAUCUCGCUCGCGCUGCCAGGGAGAGGAGGAAGCUGCCUCUGCAUAUGGUGGUUGAGCUAGCAUUGCAGCUCGCCAAGGGGUGA